UAGCUCAACUAGGACGAAAAAUAGGGUCUCUUCCGCACAUACAUCUAUGAGAAGAGCUGCUUCAGGCAAGAGGAAAAUGGGGCAAAGACAUCAAAGGAAUAAUUUGUUUCCAAACGAGGAGCAUAAUAGCCAGAGAUAUUCAGCAAAGAGAAAAGAUGUAGACCCUCUUCUUGCAGCCAAAGUAGUAAAGGAGUAUCUUCUACCAAUGUUUAAUAAAAGAAAGCCUAUUACAGACAAAAAUAAAAGGAAUGAAAUUAGCCAACUAUUAAGCAGCGAACAAAUUGACGAUGAAACUUUCCUCAAGGCUCAGAAAGAAGUGCCAAAAACUGUAUUUGGCCAACUCGUUCUCAGUGAUAUGCUAUAUGACAAAAUCCAGAACAUGCAAAUAGAGGAUUCUGAAAAGAAAGAGAUUUUACAACAAAUCCAGCAACAAAGGGAUGACUCUCUCCAUGAGUGAUUUAAACUAAAAUCUCAUAAUAAAUUAAUUUUAGCGAGAAAUAAACUACUUGAAAAAGAAAAUGCUGCUUUAAAAGGGAAAAUUAGAAACCUAGAAUUCGAUAAAAAGUCUAUUCAGAAAAAACUUAAUGAUUAUAUAAGCCUCUCUGAUAUUUCAGAAUCUGAGAGGGUUAUGUACAGGAGAAAGUUUAGAGAUGCUAAAGUAGCCUCUGAUAGACAAAAGAAUCAAAUUAUUAAACUGACAGAGGAGGCACGUCUGAGACAACUUGACCAAGAAGUCCUCCGAAAUCAACUAAAAUAACCUCUAUAAAGCUGUAAACAACCUCUCUGGUAAAAGCUCAGAUGAUGAACAAAGCUCUAAUUCCAAAUGUGAUGAAGAUAAAUUCAUAUUCCAGCUCAAGGAAGAAAAGAAGAAGACUGAGGAAAUAAUAGAUAAGAAGAAGGUUCUAGAGUAUACAAUCAAUGACCUCCUUGAAGAGAGAGAUGGACUGAGGAUAGAUCUCAAAGAUAUGGCUAAAGCUCGAAUGAAUCUCCUACAAGACCACAAGGUUUACGGCCAAAGAAUCAACCAAGAAAUGCAUGAGCUAAAGGAGAAAUACAAGAAAGUCACUGAAACUCUCAAUAUCAAGGAGGAAGAACUAGUCACUCUUAACCUCUCCAUGAAAGGAGUUACAAGUGAGAGGGACAAACUCAAAGAGAAAAUUCAAAAAUUGAAGAAUAAAAGACAAAGAGUUGAUAUAAACCAAAAGAUGUGUAAAUAAAUGCAACAAAGACUUUUUGGAAAGUGAGAACUACAAUUGGAGCUGUAGAACACAUACCUCAGAGUUCACAGUGAUGUACUGGUGCUGUGGAAAGAGUAAUAAGGAUGCGCCAGGCUGUACAGUUGGGAAACAUGAGUCAAGGGAUGAUGAGGAUGAUCCUACUGCUGAAGAUAAAGAAGAAAAACAUAAAUAUGCUCAAUGAUUAUGAUGUAAAGAAACAGGCCAUACUAUGGAAGAUUGACCCAAAGACCCAAAUUAUAAGUUUGGUAAAGAUGUAAAGGACGAAUCUGUAAGACUUCUACACGCGGAUGAAAUUUCGAGACAUCCUAAACCUGACUAUAUUGGACAAAUUUCAAAACUAAUAAAGGACUGAGCUAAAGACCGGAAGAAAGAUAGGCCAUUCACCAUAGGUAGUUUAAAAUUUGAUGACUACAACUACGAUUACAUCAAUCCUAAAAUCUUAAUCUCUGCUGCAAAGAUGAUUAAAAUUCAUGAAGAAGGGGAUAAAUAUGAAGGAAAACCUAUGAAGAUAAUGUUUACUAAAGAAGAAGCUGAAAGUAUCAACUCAGGGUACAUCAAACCCGAUGAGUUCAAAGACCUCAUCUUAAACAGCCAGAUUGACUUUGAGAAAAAGCAGGAAGAAGAGAACAAAGAUAAUAAAGAUAAUAAAGACGAUAGAACAGAAGAUGAAAGCGGAUUUGUCGCCGAUUCUAAAGUCCAUCUGACAUCCAAAUCGAACAAAUAUGAAACUGAGCAAGAGGAGGAAGAAUCAGAGGAUGAAGAUGAACGACUGAGCACAAAAGAAUUCGAUCAUGAUGAUAUCAUCCAAAUAUAUGAAGACCAAGGAAAUGAUCCUUUUGAAAAUAUCCUAGCAAUGAAGGAAGAAGCUGUUAUACAUGAUGAUGACUCCGGGAACCAUUCAAGAAGAAGGCUCAUAAAAGGUCUAUAUCAAGACGAAGAUGACUUCUAUGAAUCGUCAAAAUUCAUUGAGCAAGAAGGAGAAAUGUCGAAUAAUAGUAGCAUAAUGAGUACAAAUAAUAAGAUUGCUAAAGUGUCAAGCUUUAAAAGUAAAGAUCGCAGAAUUGAAGAAGUUAAUAAAUCUCAAGCCAUUUCACAAAGCUUAGAAAGCUUCUUAAGAAAUGAUCCGAAUGUUAUUGAGAUAAAGAGAACUAAAAAGAAAUUAUCUAAUUUAUAA